AUAUUAUAUAGAACAUUGUUACCACAUUCAAGAAUGGAAUUAGCAGUUCGUCAAGAGGACGCUGAUGUGUUGUUGAAAGAAAAGAACGUACUCAAUGAAAGUGUGUUGGACAAAUAUAGAACCGGAGGACAGAUUGUUCAAACAGGAUUAAAAUAUAUUAUUUCAUUAAUUAAUGAAUCAUAUCAUUUAGCAAGUAGUAAUGGACAACCAAUAAGUGUUCAAGAAUUAUGUAUAUUAGGAGAUUCAUUUUUAAUUAAUUUAUUAUCUAAGGUAUAUACUAAUCAAGUAAGAGAAAAGGGGAUUGCUUCACCUACUACUAUUGAAGUUAAUGAAUUAGCUAAUGGAUUUUCACCAGAAUUAGAUGAUGAAGGUCUGUUCUUUUUCACUGCUGGUGAUAUUGUUACUAUUUCUUUAGGUGUUCAAAUCGAUGGAUAUACUUCUCAAGUUAGUCAUACUUUAGUUAUUUAUCCACCAGGUAUUGAAAUUAAUAAUGAAAUUAAACCUGAAGGUCCAUUAUUAGGUAGUAAAGCUGAUGCAAUUUGUGCUAGUCAUAUUGCUACUGAAACUUUAGUUGGAUUAUUAGGUUUAGCAUUAACUCCAGAAAAAUUACCUGAACAAAUUAAAAACGAAGGUGGUAUUCAUGGUUCAACUAUUAGAAAUAUUGUUGAUUCUAUUGCUGAAUCAUAUUCAUGUAUUGUAUUACCUGGAUCAAAAGUUAGAAGAGUAAGAAGAUUUUUAGCAGGUCAAUCAGAAGGUAUCGUUGCUGAACGUGAUUUUAAGGGUGUUGUUUGGGAUGAAUCUCAUCAAGAAGAAAGAUUAUUAAAAAAGGCUCCAACAAGUCAAGAAUUAAUUUUAGCUGAUAAUAAAGUUAAACCAACUAGUACUAAUAAUUCUACUGCUAUUCCAACUGAUGAAUUUAUUGUAUUACCAGGAGAAGUUUAUCAAAUUGAUAUUAGAAUGUCUUCAAUUGCUGAUUUUAAUGAAGUUGGUUUAAUAACUUUAGAAGAAAUUGAUCAAUUUAGUGGUAAAAAUAAUAGACAAGAAUUUAAUAGUAAAAGUACUAUACAUAUCAGAGAUUUUGCAAUUAAUCAUCAAUUAAAAUUAAGAACUUCAAGAAAAUUAUUAACUGAAAUUGAUAAGAAUUUCUCUGUAUAUCCAUUUAAAUUAUCAUAUACUUCCAAUCAUUUCCCAAUUAACUUAGAUAAAGAUAUACCAGAACAAGUUGAAAAUAUUAAGCAAGAUUUAAAAACUUUUAAAUUAGGUUUAAGUGAAUUAAAUAAUAGACAUUUAAUUAAAUCAAGACCAAUUCAAUUAACUAAAUUUAUUCCUUUAGAACAAAUUUUAAUUAGUUCUAAUCCAACUGGUAAACAUGGUAUUGAUUUAAAUAAACCAGUAUUACCAGGUAUGGAAAUUCCAUUACCACAAUUAGGUAUAUCAUCAUUGAAAUUAAAGUCAUUAUUAAAUAAACAUGGAAAAUCAGUUCCAAAUGUUAGAGAAUCUACUACAGUUAUUAUCAAUAAUGUAUCUAAUGGAGAAAUCAUUAGAUUAACUGGAGGAUCUAAAUCUAGUUCUCCAAGUUGGGUUCAUUCUCAAUAUCAAUUAAAGGGAGCUUAUGUUGAAUCUAUAAAUCAAAUUGGUCAAUUACUUCAAGAUAAGAGAUUUGGUAUUAAGGUUAAAGAAUGCUAUCCAUUUAAAUUAAAUAAAGAUAAAUCGGUUGAAACCAUGCAAUUAGAUUAAAUAGCAUAUAUAUAUAAACCUUGAAUUUUGUACAUUAUUUAGAGCUUUUAAUAGUUACUAUUCGAAUAAAAUUGGCAUCUAUAAUUUAUUGAACACUUGAUCUAUAAAUCAUUGAUUUCCAUUUGUAGUAUAGAAUCAUCCCAAACAGGCAAGAAAUACUCACUUGCACAAAAUAUAAAUAUAAAUACAAAUGAUUUCAUCAUCGGUUUUGCAGCUUAAUUUGGCUUAUUACAAUCUAUGUUCAAUAUGUUGCAGCAAAGGCGGUUUGGCGGUUUGUUGAUCUUCACAAUUUCAUAUUAAUAAUCAUAAGAUCCAACUACGUAAUGUAAUUACAAUAAGUUAUCGGUCGUGAGACGAUAGCACCUUUAAGCACUACCCCAAAAGAGUUAUUUUCUUCCACAACUGGAUUGAAAAUUUUACAUCUCAUCAAAGAAUUAGAUUUAUUUUUAGUCUACAUAAUAAUACUUAGCAUAUGAAUGAG